GUUUCAUUCGUCCACAGUUCUAGAACUAUCAUAAGCAGAGAGUGAGAGGUUCCGUGAAGCGGUUCAACUUUGUGAUCUGUUUUCCUCGCAAAACAGAUUUACUUAAGCGUACAGAUUAGUGAUAAGUGGAAACACACAUAGUCCAGAACAAAAUGAAGAUGUUCAAGUGCCUACUGGUGAUAUGCUGCCUGGCUUCAGUGUCCUUUGCUCACAGUGCAUCCGCAACGCAAUCGAUGAAUUCAAACACGAUUGACGACAGUCACGACCCACAGCAGCAGCAGCAGCAAACGCCCCGUUCCGGUUCGUAUUUGGGCGAGAUUAAGUACCUGUACAAAACGUACAGCGACUGUGCGAACGCUGAUGUCUCCACCUGCCUGAAGAUGAAACUGUACACCAUCCUGGAUCGAGUGGCACGAUCGCUUAAGGAUUUCAAGAUCUCAGAAGGCGUCAAGUUUGUUCGCGAUCAGGAAGUUCCUAUCGACAGCACUCCAGUCAAAACGGAAGCUCAGCUCGAACUGGAAUUGCCCCGUUCAAUGAACGAAAAGGAACGUUCCCUGAACUCGAUGCUGUUCGAUAAGGUCCUUUCGUUCUUCCAAACCCACACCUUGCAGGUCAAGUUCCCAUCCAGCGAAGACAUCAAACGCUCCAUGGAUGAAAUCCGUGCCGGAGGCGGUGGUCUCGGUGGUGGCGGCUACGGAGGUGGUUUCGGUGGUGGCAACAAGGACAAGAAAAAUGGACACUGGAUCAUGAUCCCACUCCUGCUCGGAAGCACCUUGGUCCCACUUGCCUUCGGUGCCCUAGCUUUGCUGGCCGGUAAAGCUUUGAUCGUAUCCAAGCUUGCUCUCGCUCUCGCCUCCAUCAUCGGCAUCAAGAAGCUGAUCUCCAACACCGGUGGCCAUCACGAGUCCGCCCAUGAAGUCGUUGUCUCCGGUGGACAUGGUGGAAGCUGGGGUCGUAUCGGAUCCGCCCAACCUCUGGCCUACAACGGCUACGGACACUACGCCCAGUAAGAUCGUCUAGAUUAAGGCGGAACGAGUAAACGAAGGAGAGAAAAGCAACACGCUAAGCCAAAGCUUGUGAAGAAAGCUCACAAAUACACAUCUCGACUCGUCUACAUCAACAUACAUACAAACAAACAAACAAACAAAUACACCCACACAAACACAUCAACACAGACAGACAGACACAAGCAUACACAGAUAGAUCGAGUAUUUCAGCAACAAGAUGACUGUUGAUCGGAAAAAGGAAAAUUCAAGAUUUUUGUUUGUUUUUGCGUUACCUCACCUAUUUCUCUCUCUCUACUUCUGUUCUAUGAUCAACCAAAAUGUGAAGGAAUGAAACUGUUCCAGCUCCUGGUUUUUGAAACAAAACAACCUUAGCAUUUUUUAAAAAUAGUUUUUAAAAACUUGCUAACAUAUUUAUUUAACUUAAUUGUAAUUUUAUUUAUUACACUCGAAGAACUGAUUAUUUAUUUAAUUAAGUCUCUUAAGAUUCAUUUGUAA